UGAAGAUGGAAAAGUCUUUAAAAACAAAUUUAACAUGAAAAUUGACAAAUUAGAGGUCAAGACGUUCUUCAGUGGUAUUAUCACAACUCUCGAAUCAUGUUUAGUAGCAAUAUCAAAUCAAAUACAAUGGGUAGUGGGGUCCUGAGCUAAGCCUUGGCUAAAUCUUGGAGAUCUUAAUGCUAUAAUGGCUUUCAAAUCCUCCUCGCCAUUAUCCUACUGCAAUAAUUCUUGCAAAGAAGAAUGUUCAUGUUGUGGCAAUUCCACCCAAGGAACAAACUAAACACAUGGUGACAAAGUGACAACUAUGUGUUGUAUCUACUCUCAUCCAGUGCCUUCGCUAAAAAUUAAUGUUGUUGGUGAUUUGUUUCCAUAUAUAAUAUGUUGUCUUUGCCAAACUUGUUAUACCAAUCCAAAACAUUUUUGGGACCAAAAAGAAAUGGUGUUAUUUCGUCUUCUUGGUCUCUCGUUGUUCAUAUUCUUCUGCUGUGCCUCGGCUGCCAAGCAAACAGUACUUGCCAAAGAAGUAUGCAAGAAAACUUCAAAUUACACGUUCUGUGUUGAGUCUCUCUACGCAGACCCUCGUACCCCAAAAGCCAAUCGACAAACACUUGCUUACAUAACAUUUGGUUUGGCAUACCUCAAUGCCUCCAAAACACAGAAACUCAUAGCAGAGCUGCUUGAGAGCCAGCUUCUCCAGUUUCUUAAGAGGUGCAAGAAUGAUUAUGACAAGGCUGUCUCUAAGCUGGAAGGGGCUUACAAUGAUUUGAACUCCGAGACCUACUUUGAACUCGCUAAUGAUGCCAAUGAAGCUUCUGGUUAUGCUAAAGAUUGCGAAGCUGCUAUCAAUGGAAGACGUUCCAGCCUUACUCCUAGGAACCGGCAUUUGAAAGGCCUCUGUGAAAUCUGUGUUGUUGUGGCUAAACUGUUUACUGGGAAGUAGUACUUUAGUUAUCAUCAUCAUCGAUCAUCAGUUGAAAUUAGACUUAGAUAAAAUAUAAAUAAAUAAUUUGGAAUGUAAUUAAUCUUCAUAAUCUUUGUGUUGCUUUUGGAUGUUUCAUAAGUGACUUGAUGUUCAUAAGGGGAUGAUUAGCACCACACUUAUCCAAUCUCAUAAGCUAGACUGGUAAGUUGGUGAAUAUUUACAGUGUGUAUGCUUGUAGUUGAUGCUAUGGAUAAAAAAUAAUGGUUUCGUUGAAGAUCUAUGCACGGAAAGUUACUUUUAUGUUA